AUGGCCAUGGAUCUAGCAGCAUGGGAGGUUCUAUUCUCGAACGAUGCAAAGAUCCAGGUUACUGCUAUGAUCCGUCAUUUUGAAAAUUCCCCAUGGCAAUGUCAUCUCCCGAUCCACUCGUCUCAUCUCACCGAACCUCGCCCCGCGGCAGCCCUGGAAUACUACCGUCCAGAAACUCCCCGGCUACCUCCCGCAGCACCGGCGCGAGGACCUGGGCGACGGGGCGGGGCGAGGUCCUGGAGGCAACCCCGUAGUGGUCGCGAGAGGGAGCCGCGGGCGCGAGGACAUGGGUCAGGAGCUGGCCGAAGACGCCGGUGCGAGGACUCCCCAACGGCCCUGCCGACGCCGGCGCGAGUUCCUGGAGUCGAACCCCCGGCUGGGCUUGGCGUAGUGGUUGACCAACGGAGCAAGGUUGGCAAAAAAGGAGCAUUUCAAAGCUUGGCAUUAUUUCAGCAUAGUCACAACGUAGGGGGAGCAACGUCGUCAGCAACUUUGAAGGCCACGUUGUUGCAAUCUUCCAAAUGUGCUAGCAGCAAAAAAAGGAUGAGUAAAUUACAGGCAAGCAGGAACCAGCAGCUGCUUCUUCCAUCAAUUCUUCAAUCUUUGCUCCAUAUUUUUGCUCAUAACUAUCCAUCAGUUCCAAGUUUGCAUAGAGGUUGAACUUCUUGUUUCAAAUACUUGGAGACGCUUUUGAUCCAGUGGCAACUUGCGGGCGUAAAUAAUGUAUUCCCUCCGUUCCAAAAUAGAUGACUCAACUUUGUACUAACUUUAGUAAAGUUGGCUCAUCUAUUUUGGAACGGAGGGAGUACGUUAUAAUGUCACUGAAGGGAGUUUCAUAGUUCAUAUUGUAUGUCAUGGACGCUGUUAGAUUAUGGUCAAUCCAUUUCAUGCAGUUUACUUUCA